AGUUCACAAUAGGAGACUCGCAAUCAGAAGAUUAAAGGCUAAGGUGACAGCACCGCAUAGCAACAUGUCCCUCGAAAUUCUCAUCUCAAUAUCAUACGUGUUGAGUGUCGCCGCCAUAUUUUUUUUCUUCUUUUCACUAAUGCACACCGCGGGGCGGUACAGUAAAGUGGCACUUAAUCCUUCCCCAACCCUUUCUCUGCAUAAAAUCAGCAUGGCGGAUGACGUGGCUUUUAUAUUUCUUUUUUUAGUUUCUCCGAGCAGAGCUUUGAAAACGAAACCCCUUUUGAUAAACACUGGCUGUAAUUUACACCAGUUCGGCUUUUUAGUAAAUUUUAUCGUUUAAAUCGACGUCUGCGCUGUUUAAAACCAUUGCCGAGUACUAAUGGCUGCACUUUGAACAUCUAGUUCUUGAGUUGUGCACUUAAUUUCAUAUAUAAAUUCAAGAAUGAAACUUUACAUAUAUCUUAGCGAUAUAGAGCUAUUAUUAUACUCGUGUAUAUAAAUACGAAUUUAUGACGCCCCAGUGAUGUGAGCAUUCAUUUGAAAUUUAUCGUUCAUGUCAAAGAUCGGAACUUACAACAGUAACCUCUCGGCGUUGUGGCGGGCAAUACGUUAUGUCGCGUUCUCGACCAUACGGUAUGAGUUCAUUACUUGUGUACGCGGCUUUACUAGUUUUAUGUGAUGGACUAAACGACGCAGAUUAUUACAACAAGCGAUCGAAAAUUCUGCGCGACGAGUCACUGUUGACGCUCGGAGGCAAAACAACACUCGGCGAUAAGGAAACGAUUGUAAACAACUGCCUUAUGCAACACAAGUUCCGAGAAGUCGACUACAGUUUCGAUAAUCCGGAAUACUUCAAUUUGUCGCAUCACUAUUUCAUUUACAAAGACAGCAUUCGAAAAUCGAAGGUGUACAAGAUAUUGAAAGACAUCCCCAAAGGAGCCGCGUUGCAUGUCCACGACAUGGCGCUUUUAGGAGCUGAUUAUCUCAUGAACCUCACUUAUGUGCCCGGCUUGUAUGUAUGUUUCGGAGUGAAUGAUAUUUUAUUAAAAUUUUCAAAUACUAAACCGAAUAUAUCUUGCGAAGGGCAAUGGCAAACGAUGACAAACGCAAGAGCCGCAUCGAAAAAUGUUACUCAGUUGAAUGAAAAACUACGGAGACAUUUUACUAUAGUUGUAAACGAUCCUGAUGUGGAAUACCCCAGCAUUAAGGAAACUUGGACAACGUUUAAAAAGUUUUUCAGCAACGUACACUCAAUCCUAACGUACAGGCCGAUUUGGGAACAAUACUUUUACGACGCUCUAAAAAAAUUUAGAGAAGACAACAUUAUGUAUGUCGAAUUAAGGAGCAUUUUACCUCAACUCUAUGAACUGGAUGGGACUGUAUACAGUUCGUUGAUAACUGCAAAGGCAUAUAGGAAAGUCAUCAAGAGAUUCAAAAAGGACUAUCCAGACUUCAUCGGAGCUAAAUUGAUAUACGCGCCCGCGAGAAACGUGAAUCAAACAACGCUCGACGCAUACUUGCAAUUGGCAAGGGAUAUAAAGGCGGACAUGCCUGAUCUGCUAGUAGGUUUCGACCUUGUAGGCGAAGAGGAUACGGGGAAUCCACUGAUAGAAUUCGUGAAACAAUUGAGGGCAGCGUCUACGGAGUUUGACUACUUCUUUCACGCCGGCGAAACUGAUUGGUUCGGAACGACCACAGAUGAGAAUCUUAUAGAUGCUAUACUGUUGGGUGCUAAGCGGAUAGGUCAUGCUUACGCUCUAAUAAAACAUCCUAUACUGAUGAAGGAAGUGUAUGAAAGAGAUAUAGGUUUAGAAGUUAAUAUCAUUUCAAAUGCAGUGCUUUCGUUAGUUCGUGACACUAGAAAUCAUCCGUUGAGCGUAUUGUUGGCUAAUAAUAUGCCUGUGGUGUUAUCAAGUGAUGAUCCUGGUGCUUGGGAGGCAGAACCUUUGACUGAUGAUUUCUAUGUAGCAUUUGUGGGUGCAGCAAGCAAAUUAUCAGACUUGAAGUUAUUGAAACAAUUGGCUGUGAAUUCAUUGAAGUACAGCGCUCUUGAUCGAGCUACCAAGGUCGAGGCUAUGACCAAGUUUAAUAAUAAGUGGAAUAAAUUUAUCAAUGAUUUCGAUUGUUCUAAAUAUUAAUAAUUCGUAUUGAACAAUUUCUAAACGUGAUUGCGAUUGUGGUAUUUGCUACGUAUGGACGUUUCGUAUGAAUGCCAGUAUUGUUUUUGUUUUUAUAACUGUUGUAGAUAAGAACAAUUGUAGGAAAACUAUUUCAAUGUAACUUAUUCAGCAUAUGAAUAUAUCAUAACAAUGUACCUACAAUAUACAUGCAUAAAAACCUUUA